AUGGAUGCUGCUGAAGUUAAAUCAGAGGAUUACCCUCCUAGACUUUACCUGAAGGGACAUUUCCCCCACGUUAGAGAAACAAUAGGACUUGAUGUGUGGGAAGAAUUGGUGAACUCUCCCAUUGGAGUAGUUGCUAGGCUAGCUGGACGCGAAAGCAUGUGGUCUGGUAGGACCGUGCACUAUCUACUGUGUAGACAGCUGCGAGUUCUAAAGAAGGAGAUAUGGUGUCUCGUGGCUGAUGAGGCCAUCAGGUUUAGCUUGCUCGAGUUUGGUGAGAUCACUGGGCUAAACACAGGUCCAUUGCCAACAGAAAAAUUUGAUCCUGAUCAAUACAACGCGUUUUGGGGGGAGUUGAAGGUGCCGCUUGGGAUGGAACCCAAGUUAGAUGAACUGAAGGCAGCAUUAGAGUUAUGUCUGCUUUGGAGUUUUGAAAAGCGUAAGUGGUUGGGGCUGCUACUUCUUCAAGCCAUGGGAGUCUAUUGUUUGCAUCACAAUUCAAAGAUACCCUUUCAAAGUGCAAUAAGGGUAUUCGACGAUGAAGCCAUGAGGUCGUAUCCAUGGGGUCGGACUGCAUACGAAGUUCUGAUUGACUCUAUUAAAACGUUGGCUCCAGAAGGAGGUUUUUACACAAUAAGCGACAUGAAGGACGCGUUAUUGAUUUGGGCAUAUGAAUCCGUCGCCUGCUUCGGUGAGAGUUUUGGGAGAGUGAUCAAUAACGAAGACGUUCCGCUUUUACGAUGGGGUGGAAAGCGUACACGUGCAAGUUUUGAUAAAUUGUUGUCUGCCGAAAUCAAAGAGCAUGGCGAGGGGAAUGCAAAGGGGAAGGGGAAUGCGAAGAAGAAGAAAAUGAAGGGUGGAGUUUCGUCAGAAGUUGAGCCACCCACUAAGAAACAGAAGAAAGUUAAGACACAUAAUGAGUCUGAAGCUGCUGCAGCGGGAAAGGGGUCUAGCGAGAAAAAAAUUGAUCAGAUUGACUCAUGGUUGGAAGCUUACGAGUUAGACAGGAACAGACCAUUGAUGAACCAAAAGACCAUUGAUGACAGGGUGAAAGCUUUACUGGAGGAGCGUCUGAAAGAUCUGGGGGUUGGAGAAACUCUCGAAAACAAUGAUAACCGCUCUCCACCAUUACCAGUGGUUCAAACGCAGCAGAAGUCUGUCAAUAGUCCAGCGUUAGCUGCGACUCCUGGUAAGGUUUUUGGACCGAAGAAGAAUUUGGCCAAGGAGCUUGAUAAGGAAUCAAGGGUGAAAAGGACUUUGGAUGAGGAGUUUGGUAAUGUCGCUAAAGCUACUGAUCUUGAUAGUCAACCUCUUGAUUUCGUAGUAAUUUCUCCAGCAAAGGCUACUAAGGAUGAUAAGGAUGCUAAGGUUCCAGCCUAUGGACGCGGCUGCAGGGGCAACCGUAUUGUUAAGGGUGAGGAAGCCGAUGAGAAGAAAAAAGCAGCGCAGGCAGAUGCUGCGUUUAAGAGGAAGGAGAAGGCUGAGGCUAAGAAAAAGAACGAAUUUGCGCCGGAGUCUGACGUCGAGGGAUCUGAACUGGUUAGAUCUGCCAUAAUUAAGGAAUAUCGGGAGAAAAUUGUUCAGUUAACUCCAAAAGGGUUUUCAAAGGCGGCAGUUUCUUCACCAGCAGUUUUUCCGUACGUAGGAGAGAAUGGAACGACGUGCAUGAAGAAAAAUGUUACUCCUUCAUCAGUAAUAUAUGACCCUCUGGCACCUGUUGAUCCGGUGCUACUCGAAAAACUGAUGCAACACAUUAAGGGAAUUCCACCCAAACCACCAGCACCAGCAGAUAAACCAGCAGUCCUCUCCGCUGAUCAUGAGGCCCCUGUUAAGAAGAAGUUCUCAUUCAGAAGAAGGAGCAAAAGAUACACUCCACAAAACACCCAGAUUGGCGAUUGUGGGGUGUAUUCGUUGAAGUUUGUGGAGUGUCUAGCACUUGGUGUAACGUUUGAUGGGAUAAACGAUAACAAUAUUCAAGGUUUACGGAUGAAGAUGGCAGCAGAGAUCUUCGAUGAAGGAGGAAAUACUGUGAUGAGCAGUUUGCUGGCUAAUUGA